AUGGCUUCCGAAAGACCAGGACUUAGUCUUUCAGGCUUGCCAGCUGAUAGCAGGCUCAAGAAUCCCGGUACUAUAGCGCCACCCGGUUCCUUAUUGUUGAAGAAGAGAGGAGGAGAGCCAAGCACCGAACGUGCCAGGACACUACCACAGCCCAAGAUGCCUAGUAGGCUACCGCAAUCUUUGCCGCAACGGCGACCCUCCGAUACCCAACCGGAACCCAUUCAGCCUCGGGUUACAGCUGGAAUCAAAAAUUCAAAGGCUUUGGGCAACACCACGUUGAUUACAUCAGCAGCAUCCAGCCGACUACCCGCGCCGACCAUGAAACCUCGAAAUGUGCUGAGGAGGAAGAACUCAGGGCUAUCACAAGAAGUAGUGAACAGCAUCCGCAAAGGCUCCCGAGACGAGACUGGAAACCAUGCCAAAACAAGGCCGUCCUCAUCGUCUUCCAACCCCCGGUCUCAGACCUCAAUCGACUCCUCAGCCAGUUCGCGCUCCGAACUCAACCCAACAAUGAACACGAUGGAAAUCCAAGCAACUCACCAAGUCGAAGUUGCGGCAGGCGCGCCGCAAGCACCAACAUUAUACCCAGAGCUGGACAGAUAUCGCGACGUCAAAGCGCCAGCCUGCAAUGGAAGCCUCAGCAUUGAGGUGCCGUACCUGCUAACAACUCACGAUCUCCCUCCCCCUACGCCCUUGUUCUCCGGAUCUAGCAACACCACGCCUACGUCCAUGUCCUCUCAGUCCCCUGGUAUGGUGGCGCCUUUACGAUUCCCCGGAGCUGGCGUCAGGAUGAGACAGGUUGACUCGACCCAAACAAGACCGCCUGUCAGCAGAAGAAGAGGAGGAAGCAUAUCGAAUGAGUUGGAUCUUGUCAGCGCUGACCCUCAGGGUUUACCAUCAGUCAGGGAAUCCUUGACCUCGUCGUCAUCCAACUCGACAGUCCGUGAGCUUGAGAGGAAGGAUUCCAAGAAGAAGAAGCAGUUAUCACCCCUUGCGCCUAGCCCACCACUACGUAUUUCGUCACACAAGUUUACGAAAAGCCACGAUGGAAGUUUAUCCGCACUAAGGCCCUGGCGUGCGCCACCGACCCAGCCAACGGCACCAGCAGCGGCAGCAGCAGCGCAACUUUUGCCAAAGCCAGCCUCUUUCUCUCGACCUCGUCCCGCCCAAGCUGCCCAGCAGGCUGCGCCGCCUAGAGGGCAGCCUCCUCGCCGCCCGAGCAGAGAUGGAACUCCGGACCUUCACUCUCAACUAGGUCUGCCCGUGCCCGUUAUUCAGAGUAACUUGACAUCUGCGCCAUCUGAAAAGAGAUCAAGCCGACUUCUGGCACCAACAACCAUCGCCAGGCCUGGCUUGCUCUCAUCAACUUCCGACACGCACAUCCAUCUCCUAAGGCCAUCCAUAACCAGAGAGGCAACACCAGCCCCAAAAAUGUCCAGGAUGGGGGCAGAUGCAACUACCAUCAAGGCCGAAUCAGGAAGAACUACUCGUACGCCAAGUCCUGGUGUAUCGACCUUAAGACGCUUCCCCCUUUUCGGACGACGGACAAGGACAACCCAAGAGGUUCCUCAACAGAAGGAUGAGAAAAAGCCGCCCAGGAAGGGCCCUGCCGCGGGAACUGGCCACGAAGGCUAUGGGCGCGUCGGGCCAGCACGCCGUAGGAGUAACAGCCUUGCAAACACCGGCCUAGCGAUCCCUGGGACGAUGAGCUCGCAAGAGAGUAUCGGGACUAACGAUUCCUUCUUGUUGGAAAGGAUGGCACCUGUCGUUAUUGCAGGCGGCGAAAUCAUUGAAAACAGGAAUGUUGGUUCGGAAAUGAGCCGGACGGAAAGCAGCCAAAGUAUCACGCGCGAACGACCCAGCGUGGAACCGCAGAACGGCUCGCAAGUCUCUCUUAACUCUAUCCCUCGGAACACACUAUGGCCGUCUGCAUUCCCUCGCGCUGGUCAACAUACCCAGAGCUCGUCUAUCAGCAGCUGCAGACCCUCUGAAAGUAGUGAGUCUGAGGCCCCAGUCCUCAAAUCGACGUUGGCUUUGCGGAGAUCUAUACAAAGGUUGAAGUCUGGAGAGAAGGAACCCCCGAGGAUUCCGGCUCCUAUCGUCACUCAACCCCAUGUUACGUCUCCCUCGAUUACUAGUAUUGACGCCAGUGUCCUCGUGACGGACGACUCCAUGCUGGCCCCGUCGAUCGACGCCGCCCAGGGCAUCAAGGCAUCAGAAGGAUCCAAGAACCUUUCUGGACCCAAGCGUCUGAUGAAGCGAGCUCGUUCUCCGCGAAAAUGGAACUUCUUUGGAAGGAAUCACAGUCAACCUGCUCCGGAGACGAAGAAGGUGGACAUUCCAGAGAAUGCAGCUCCGGUGGCUGCUGUGGCGGCUACAGUCAAGGUCGUCCAAAACAAGCCGUUAGCAUUCUAUACUAUGAUGGACUCAUCUGAGCAGGAAGAUACCGAUAUCCCGGACUUGGAGGAAGUUCUUCGCGAAGCGAAGAGCUCGGAUUCUCCAACUCACAAGCAAAUCCCUGACUUGCGGAACAAGGAAGUGGAGGAGCGCCGACCUUCCGUGACGCAAGAGAAUGCGCAUUCAAGCUUUUUAACUUCAGAAGCCAGCGCCCAGGUUCCAUCGGUCGUCGAGUUCGAACACAUGUCACCGGUUAAGUUUUCUAAGCUUCCAACGCCUUCGUCGAGGCCUUCAUCUGUUGCAACGCAGGCCGGAAUCACCACCAGUCCUGUACAGGGCCGCCCGAGCCGACUUGCUCAGGUCGGUCGGAUUCCAAAAGUCGUCAGUGCUCGUGCCGAACAAAUAUCACCCAAGAGUUUCUCUCGGCCGUUCCACAGACUUAGUACUCAAGUCACGCCGUCUAAGAUGGACCUUCGGGAUGCAUAUUCCGUAGCCAAGGGACCUAGUCCGCCCAGGCCAUCGACGCCUGUCCGUGUGGAGCCAGCGACGACCGCUGAAAUGGAGACCCCGACGCUAACUCGAAUUUCGGGAUCGAUGCUUCCAACUUACCCCAGCGAAAUUAGACAAGAGUUUCUCUCAUUUUCACCAAGGAAGGGUUCACUGUGUACCACCAAUACCACAACUUCUAGCAGCUCCGGAGGAUUCAACUUUGCCGAGGCUACUGCAAUCAUUCCCGAGCCUGGUGCACCAUUGGCCGAGGACGAGAUUUGGGAUGAGUAUGAUGACUUGUUUGGGGACGAAAGGUUGAGGCAGCCUCCAUCCACACGAUCGUCUUUCGGGAACCAAUUUCACUUGGAGAAGUAUACGGCGACCCCAACUCGACGCAUCGAACCACCCCUGGAAUCCCCAACUCUUCGCUCUCAAUUCCAAGAACAACAGGUACAAAGUCUUACCCAAAUUAUGCACUCGCAAAGAAUACCCGUCAGUUCUAGCGUCUAUAGUUCCGAUAUGGCUGAGAAGGUGAAGCAACUCCUGGCCGAUCAUCCCAGCCCGAGGUGCUCGUUGGAACCUGACGUGUUCAGAGAGUCAGAGAUGCAGCGGCAGGGUGAGGCUGUGUGCAAGCAGUCGGAACUAGAAAAAGAGGUUGAGACUGAAAAGCAAACCAACAGCCUUCCUGUUGAUGAUUCACGUCGAUCCGACUCGAGUCGUUGCAGUCAAAGUUCGGAGGAUGGCUCGCCGCUUGCCUUGGUCAAUCUACGCGUCGGGUCCAUGACGGUCAGCAAGUGGCUUACCUUUGGGCAUGUGCUCUUCAGUCCGGUCCGAGAUGAGCUGCUCAACGACGUAGGCUCACUGAAGCGUCCUUCCAUCCUCGUUAUUGACGGUCUUGGCAACGACGACUGGUCUUUCUAUGCAGCCGAGACGUAUCCAGCAGCAACGUUCUUCAACCUUUCGCCUCGUCCGCCUCGUCCAGCUGCUCGUAAUGGCUCAACUGGUCUCCCUCUCAGUCCUCCGAACCACUACCAGGCACAGUACAUGUCACACACUGGCAAGUUUCCUUUCGGCGCAGAGAGUUUUACGGCUGUAGUAUUUCGCUUCCCGGUUGCGGCCCCCGAGGCACAUUAUCGGAAUAUCAUCUCAGAGGCUCGGCGUGUCCUCAAGCCUGGCGGCUACAUUGAGCUUUCGAUCCUGGAUGUUGAUCUGAACAAUAUGGGCAACCACGGGCGUAAGGCUGUCCGCCGCCUGAAGGAACGCAUCCAUGCCAAAUCCCCUGAUGUCAGUCUUGGGUCGACCUCGGAUCUCAUCCUCCGACUACUUGGCAGAAAGGGCUUUGCCGAUCUCAAGACUUGCCGUGUUGGCGUCCCGGUCGUUAGUGUCAUUCCACAAACGCCUGCAAGCGAGAACGGUAAAAGAAGCAAGGCCGCUACCAAGGGCAAGUCCAUGAAGGAUGAACGCAGCCUUCCCGAGAUGAUCAGCGACGGAAGCCCUGUAGCAGAUGAAAGCAUCACCAAGAUGGUGGCGAAGGUGGGACAAUGGUGGUACAGCCAGUGCUAUGAGAGCGCUGCUAGUACCGACAUUGGCCCAGGAACCGUCGGAAGCAUGUGGAGAGACAAAGCACUCCUCGCCGAGUGUGAGGAAUGGGGCACGAGUCUCAAGCUCAUGGUCUGCCACGCCCGAGCUCCUGAUGGGAGACCUCGCCUUGCAAGCAUCUGAUUUUCUUUGUCAUUCUCCCCACCUCACUUACGCUUCUACCCGGCAUGUCUUUCAUUACUCGAUACUCAUGAUAGAAGGAGAAGAUUGAAAAGACAGAAAAGAUGAAAGAGGGCGCGAGCCCAGCUGUGCAACAACACUGCAUCAUACACCACGAAAGAAGUCGUUCAUUCGGCA